AUGUCAGAACCUGUACCUUUGAUCAUCAACAACCAAAAUAUCCAAACCAAGGAACUGUUUAACGUUAGCAACCCAAGCAAUGGAGAAUUUCUCUGGGCUGUGUCUUCCGCAGGGCUUACAGAAGUUGAAGGUGCUGCCGCAGCAGCGGAAGCCGCUUUUCCUGCCUGGGAAUCCCUAGGCUAUACUACAAGACGGGAUCUUUUGCUCAAAGCAGCACACAUUAUUCACGAUUCGAGGGAAGAUAUUGUCACUACCCUUCGCAAAGAGACCGCCGCUGGGGAAGGCUGGGCCUCGUGGGACGUUGACGCAGCCGUGGCAACCAUCAAAGAUGCUGCCAGCCAUGUCUCCUCAAACAAUGGAGUCAUUCCCCCAACCAAUGAUAGUAAUGAUACAGCCUUGAUAUUCAAGGUCCCUUAUGGUGUUAUUCUAAGUAUUGUGCCUUGGAAUGCCCCAGGCGUUCUAACAAUGUCUUCUCUCGCAUAUGCGCUUGCAGCUGGAAACACUGUCAUCGUUAAAUCGUCAGAGCUUUCGCCCCGGACACAUUUCCUACUAAUCGAUGCUUUUCGCCGAGCCGGAUUUCCUCCCGGAGUGGUGAACCUCCUGACACACGCACCAGAUAAGGGGCAACUGGUAACUCCAGCCCUCAUUCAAAACAAAGCUAUCCGAAAAAUCUCAUUUACAGGAUCCAGUGCUACCGGUAGGGUUGUUGCAAAGCUCGCUGGUGAAGCUUUGAAACCCGUCGUUCUGGAACUCGGCGGCAAGGCUCCUGCAAUUGUUCUAGAAGAUGCCACUUUCAAUGAUGCAGCCAGUGGAAUAUUGAAGGGAGCCUACGGGCACGGGGGGCAAAUUUGUAUGGCAACCGAACGCGUGAUCGUGCUCCGGUCUAUUGAAGAGCCCUUUGUGGAGGCGCUUAAAGCAGCACACGCAGCGCAGUCUCGUGACAAUACCUACCAUCAACCCUUAAUCUCCCAAUCAGCAAUGCGACAAGUGAAUUCACUUGUUGAAGCUGCAAUUAAGAAUGGGGCAACUAUAGUUUCGGGGCCAGCGAGCUUUGCGGAUGAAGAAGGUCGAGUGUUUGGCCCAACCAUCCUUCGCUCUGUUAACACAAAAAGUGAACUCUACUACAAAGAGUCCUUCGGGCCUGUCAUCUCACUAUUUGUUGUAGACACGGUGGAUGAGGCAGUUCGGCUAGCGAACGAUACUGAGUAUGGGCUCGCGGCUAGUGUAUGGUCAAAGAACAUCGGAAACGCGCUGCGAGUUGCCAAGAGGAUACACUCUGGUACUAUUCAAAUCAAUGAUAGUACGACACAUGGCGAGCCGACUCUGCCUCAUGGUGGCUUUGGAGCCAGUGGGUUUGGGCGGCAGUCGGGCACGGACGCUUUAGCCGAGUUUCAAUCCUUGAAGUAUGUCCGUUUCAGCCUGAAAUGA